AUGACUCCGCCAUUCACCCCUGGAGAAGCCUCCUUACAACUCGAAGUGGCUGGAAAGCGUAGUAGCAGCAGCCUUUUUUUUAAUUUUACUGUCGAGCCGAGAGUAUUUUCCAUUUCACCCUCGCGUAGCUCCGGGGCAGAGAGUAUCUUCGUGACGGUAGAUGGUGCUGGUUUUAUCGACAAUGAGUUUUUCCGGUGUAGCAUGGGUACAGUCCUUGUGCUUGUAAGUAGUUUCAAGAGCCAAAAUCGUGUCGUGUGCGAAUUUCCGCGCCAAUUUCAUUCUGGAAUUUUUCCAGUGCGAGUCUCGAAUAACAAUCAAGACUUUACUAUUGAUUCAGUACCAUUUGUACUUUAUCCUCCAGUUGUGGUGGACUACGCUACCCCACUUUACGCACUGAUUGAUGAAACUUUUACUGUAGUGACAUUGGUAGGGCACAACUUUCAUGAGCUUGUCGACUUAGUAUGUCAACUUGAUGUGAUCGGCGCUGAAGGAGCUUUUGCUGAAGCUAGAUUUGUUAGUGCGUCUACGUGCACAUGCUCACUUGCGACGCCCAUGAAUCUAUACCCAUUCGAUAACGCAUCAAUGUCGAUACCAGCGAUGCUCGAAGUGAAGCAAGUUGCGCAAGAGGUUGCUGUCCUUAAAGCUCCAUUUCAAUUUUUUAUGAGGCCAAUACCGCAAACUGCAUCACCAUCGCUGCUGCUUGCAAACGGAGGGCAAACAGUUGUCAUCAGUGGACUAAAUAUAUUUUCAAGCAUGGACUUAAUUUGCCAGUUUGAAUCGUAUCACCCAUAUGACCAGGUACCAUUUGUGGUGCUUAAUCACACCCAUGGGUCUUGUCUUGCACCAGAACGUUCUCCAGGGUCUGUCAACAUACGCUUAUGCUUGCGCGAACUGAAUCAAUGUAGUCAUGACUCAGUCACACUUUUGUAUGGUCAGCAACCGAUUGUUCGGAAACUGGUGCAACAUGAGACAGCUGACGGUCGAAUAAUUAUUGUGAUUGGGGAAAAUUAUUACGAUAUGCCUAUGUAUUGUGACUUUGAUGGUGAGCAGACGCCAGCGACAUUCAUCAAUCAAAGCGAAGCGAGAUGCUCGUUAGCCCUGGUUAAGCUGCAUAAGUGCUCAAGAUUUUCGCUGUUUAUAGACGGAAUAAACAUUGUCAACGAACCUAUAGCUUUUUGCUGGCAGGUGAUACCGUUUGUGAGUCUGAUUCGACCGAAAAGCGGCCCAGAACGAGGAGGAACACGCGUCCUUGUCAGUGGUGGACCAUUCACAAGUGAUGAAGACUAUUCUUGUCAGUUUGGAGACAUGACCGUCCCAGCAGAGUAUCUUUCCUCUGCGCAGAUAUUUUGUAGCUCCCCCCCUAAUCAAGCAAUGUCAGUUGAAUUUUUCGUUUCGGCGGUCACAUUUAAAAUCGCGUAUGCUGCACAAAUGACAUUUACGUAUCAUCCUGCCCCAAUUUCACUCAAUAUUACUCCAAGUCGUGGAUCCGCAGAAGGCCAGUAUGCAGUAACAAUCGGAGGUUUAAAUUUCAUUCGAAGUGCAGGACUUCGAUGUCGUUUUGGUGUUUCGGAUAUUGUAGCAGGAUUGUGGCUGUCCAACUCUUCCAUCUCUUGCGUGGUGCCUUCACAUCGUCCAGGCUGGGUAGAUAUUCAAGUGAGCAACAACUUGCAAGAUUAUUCCGUCGAGCCUUUAAGAUUUGAAUACGUUGUCAGUCCUACAGUUCUAUCUUUUGAGCCAAGGACAAUGUACGCACAACACCAGCCCCAGCUGAUCCUUUAUGGAAGGGAUUUUCGCAAUUCAAGCGAACUGCGAUGCAUAGUCGGUAACGAACUAACUCUAGCAACUUUCGUGUCAGAUACUAGAAUUAUGUGUAAAGCUGCAGUAUUUGUGGAUACCUCGGUCGUGAUUGGCGUCAUCGAUUUUGCGCUGUCGAUGGUUGGAUCAUUUGCGAAAGAAAGGUUGAUUGUACUUGACGACAAUGUAUGGACCCUUCAACCUCGUGUGACCUCUGUGCGUGGUGUAACCCCGGUAGUUCUUAAUCGAGGUAUAAGGAGUGAUUUUUUGGAAUCUGAAGCUAUCGUUGGACGAUUCUGCUCUCGUAACUAUUCUACAUGCUCGGAACUUACACCAGCGAAUUUGAUUGGAGCUGGCGAAUAUCAUUGGAUCCCUCCACGGUGGACAGAUACGAACUUGAUGGGAUUUGUGGAGAUGUUUCGGAAAUCUCAUGCAUCGAGAAGUCCAGCUGUACCGAUCGCAAGUUUUACGUACCGAUAUCAUUUGGAAGUCGAGCUUAAAAGUCUCACGCCUGCGAUUGGCUCACUUGAUGGUGGAACAGUUGUGACAAUAUCUGGCACCAAUUUUCAGGACGGACACAGUUUGAGUUGUGCAUUAACCGGCACGGUGUUCAUUCCAGCCCUAUUUAUCUCUAACUCGAUGAUCAGUUGUAUUAUUCCAGCUUUUGUGUCGGGAUCACGAGAAAUUCAAGUGUUUGUGUCGCUAAAUGCUUUAGAAUUGAGUGAAAAUUCGUUAGUUUUUACAUAUGUAGAGACUCCUUCCGUUUUGAGCAUAUUCCCAAGUGGAGGGCCACUUACUGGUUCGACUUUGAUAAGUAUACGAGGUGUGAACUUUGUUGGUACAUCAAACAGUGCUUGUAGCUAUGGGAUUUAUACAUUGCCUGCUAUUGUUGUUAGCUUGACCGAAGCGACAUGCUUUGUUCAAGUAUCGACGUUGACUUCAAUUGGACCUGUGCAUUUUCGGUUUUCGUCCAAUGGUCAGGAAUUCUCAAACGAAAACAUAUCGUACUACUUCUACGAGCAUCCCUCUGUUAUCGAGCUAUAUCCACAAUCUGGAAGUGUGACCGGAGGGACAGUCUUGACUUUCAGCUGGGAAAAGUCGAUAUCAUAUAAUUUAUUUCACAAUGUGUCCAUUCAGAUCGGUACAUCAAACCUCCAAAGCACUUUAACAACAGAAACGACAGUCAGUGUGGUUGUUCCAGUAGCACAGGGUGGGGUGGCACCGGUGACAACCCGUCUAUCUCUAAAUGGACAAAAUUACGUCGAAUGUUCGCGCUUUUGGUACUUUGCGGAGCCUAAAAUUGAAGCAAUGUAUCCGAAUACCAGCGGAGAAUCCAGAAAAUCUUGGAUUCGUGUGGAAGGCGCAAAUUUUCCUCGAUUUACGACCUUAAGCUGUCAGUUUGGAUCAUUUGAUAGUGAAGCAAUAGUAUCAGCGGAAUGGGUAUCAGAAAAUUUGGUAUACUGUCGUGCCCCUGUCCAUCGUAUAGGAACAGUGUUCUUUGGAUUUUCGAUCAAUGGAGUCGAUUUUAUUAACACGAACCUGCGCUUCACAUUUACAUCACAUCCUAUCCCACCUGAAUUUUAUCCACAAUCGGGUCCCAUCUGCGGUGGAACUAAGCUGUCAAUAAAAAUGAAUUCAGAGGGCUUUCGCUGCGAACACUGGCAUUGUGGUGUCGGAGACUUAGUAAUAAGUGCUUCUUAUGAAAAUUCACAAGGCUUAUUAAUGUGCUCGAUGCCUCCACAAGAGGACAACAUCGAAGUUGCUAUAAGUAUUGAAUGUGACGGCAUUACCAUUUUGGAGUUUGAAAAAAAGUUCCAGUACUAUUUAACACCAUCUAUUUUCGAAAUCGUACCGCAAUCAAUAUCCUACAAAUCUGGAGGUAUCGUAUCUGUCCGAGGGCGUAACUUCCUGGAAAGUGGCAUGUUUUGCCGUAUUGACACAAAGGAUGUAAUUAGCGCGAUUAUGGUCAACGAGUCGGAAUUACGUUGUGCGAUACCUGCAAAUCCUUCUUACUCAGCCUUUUCGUACGUCACACUGGAAAUUUCAGCCAAUAAAGUUGAUUACAGUACUAAUAGGAUCAAGAUUCAGCUCUUGCCUUCACUUGAAGUGCUUGAAAUAAGUCCGAAACAUGCACUUGUCGGCCAAAUAGUCGAUGUAUUAAUUUUGACGUCAGGAUUCAUACUGAAUCCCAGAAUGUACACAUGUCGAGUUGGCGAGGAAUAUGAAGUCCCAGCUCUGAUUGCUUCACACAAAUUUAUCAAGUGCAGAAUACCAGCGGUGGAAAUACCAGGACCAGUGAUUAUAUUCGUAUCGAAUAAUGGACUCGAGUUUGUAGGAGGUCAUAAUACCACAUUAUUUUAUCAUCCACGUCCGAUCAUCCAAUCGAUCAGCCAAACUAGUGGGUCCGUUUUUGGUGGUGAAAGCGUGGUCAUUUCUGGACGUGAUUUUCAUCCAGAGGUGGCUUUGGUGUGUUAUUUUGGAAAUACAUUUGUCGAAACAACAUAUAUACGAGAGGAUAUGGUUACUUGUGUCGCGCCUCCAUCGAUGCUUUUAACUUUUACUCAAUACGAGGGAGUGAACUUAAGCUCAAAGGUGAAUUUUAAUCUUAGCAUUUUACCUGAUAGCUCUAGCGCUUCGGCACAUGAGCAACAAAGUGAAUUGUUCUGGAUGUAUCGCCUUCCCGUUCUUGAUGUAAUCGUAACUCCUAAUGUGAUACCGACUGGGCAGUCCGUGCCCUUAAGAGUACAAGGGCUUGAAGCAUCUUCAUCAUACACGAUGAGACUUUUAUUAGAAAAUGACCGUGGAUCUCGAAGUAACAUCUUUCUCAACCUAACAUAUGAUGAUCGAAAGAAUUGCUUGGAAGGAGACUUGUUAUUACCGGCACCUGGUCGCUACGCAGUGAACAUUGAUGACAGUGGAGGUUAUGUAGUCUCCAAGGACUAUCUUCUAAUCGAAGCCGUCGAUCCCAUAAAAGUGUUGAGUAUAAGUCCGACCAGUGGACCAAUAAGAGGUGGCUCUGUUGUUUUUUGGAAGACUGAACAACACUUGGAUUCUAGAGACGAUCUGAUUUGUCGUUUUGGAGAUUUGGUCUCCUUUGCAACUGUUUUGAAACCUGGCACUGUAGUCUGUGAAUCUCCUGCAACAGAUACUCCAAGAGAAGUGCAACUCGAUCUCACUUUUCGAGACCAGCAAAUAGUUGACAAUGGAUCGCACACGUUCACGUAUUUUACGAAUGAAGUGAUCACGUCAAUUUACCCGAACGAGCUGAUGGAAUUAAAAAGAAACACAGAUCUGAUCAUCAGUGGAUUAAAUUUCUAUUAUCCAUACGGAAAUGCUUCAUCAUCAUGCCGUAUAGGAACUUUUGUAACUCGCGCAUCGGUGAUAUCCCCAACUAAAGUUGCUUGUCAGUCUCCUGUUCUUCCUGCUGGCAAAUAUUUGGUAUCCGUUGCUUGUGACGGUGUCAAUUUUGUAGCAUCGUCUCUAAAUGUCACUUUUGUUUCUCGUAUAUGGAUAACUGCCAUCCAGCCAUCAGCUGUUGCUGUAAGUGGAGGGAUAUUUAUUGAAAUGAAAGGCUCCGGAUUUGUAAGACAUACCUUUUUCAACUGUAACUUUGGAAAAGGGAAGUAUAUCACUAAUGCAGAGGUCAUCUCGUCUUCGAAGAUUCGUUGCAUCACUCCAUUUGUCGGUACUCACAGUAUCAUUUUACCAGUUUCAAUAUCCACGAUUUCAUCGAUGAGCAAUGAAUUGCUGCUUUCUUUUGAGGCACCUAUUUCUCUGAUUACAGUAACGCCGAAUGUUGGUCUCAGCCGUGGAGGAACAAUUGUGAAGAUUGAUGUUACUCCUUUGUCUUCUGCUGGUAACCUUCAAUGUAUCUUUGGUGAUGUUUUGGUUAAUGCUCGCCUCUUGACAUCUUCCCAAAUUGAGUGUAAUAGCCCUUCGCAUCGACCUCAAGCGGUGAGCCUUCGCAUCCAAGGAGAAAAUGCUAAUUUUAUAAACGGCUCGAUGCUGUCAUUUACGUUCGUACCUGAUAUGAUUGUGACCAACGUAUCUCCAACACGAGGUAUGGCUAAGGGAAACACUUUGGUAGUAUUUACUCUCUCUGAAUCGCUCGAUCUAUUGAUUCAGCCGAUGAUCAUGUGCAGAUUCGGCUCCACUUUUGUCGAGGUAAAGACGUUUCACGAAAAGCAGGUGACGUGUUCUACAGCUUUGGGAAAGAAAAAUGAGGACGUUUCGAUGGCAAUUACUUUAAAUGAGGAAGAUCUGGCUUUAAGUCCCGUGCGUUUUCGAUAUUUUGCGAAUCGUGAACUCGUCGGAAUCGAGCCACAGAUGGCUUCACUGAGUGGAAAUGUGACGGUGACAGCAACUUUAGAAUCGAUUGAUCUUGACUUCGAUAUCGUCUACGAAUGUGGAUUCGAAGCUACAGGGGAGGAUCUAAUACUUACCAACGCCCAAGUAAUUUUGUCCGGGGCAGUUCAGUGUCGGGUACCUACUGAUAGUUAUAAAGAUCCUAGACGGAUAAGGGUAUCAGUUUGGCAGAAUGGAGAGCGCUACUCGACCAACACAUUGGUAUUUGAGCUCAUCCUUCGUCCUACUAUUGAAAAUGUUACUCCAGCCUUCAUUUCCGAAGCAAGCGAAGUUUUACUUCAUGUCACUGGCACCAACUUUUCUCCUUAUCACCGAACGACAUGUAUUUUUAACAACAAUGAAGAAAUUAUUGCAAGUGUCAUUUCGAAACAUUUACUGGAAUGCAUAGCACCCGCACUUCCACCUGGAAAUCACGCGUUUGGAAUUUCGUGGAAUAUGUACGAGAUUGCUCUGUUUCGUUUGCCACUCACAAGCGUUGAAGUAUUGGCGUUAAAGUCAAUCCAACCCAAGAGAGGAUUUAGAAAUCAGCAGAGAGAGAUUCGUAUUUUCGGCUCUGGAUUCCACCCUUCAAAUUACUUACUUUGCCGUUUUGGACAAGAACGGGUUCCCGCAAUCUUUGUAAGUCAAGACGAAAUCCGCUGUCGCACUCCAGUUCUACCGUCAUUACCAUUUUGGUCCACCGAAGCCUUAAAUCGACAUGAAAUGUUUGUAGAAGUGACUUUAGAUGGCGAAAUUUAUGUCAGUUCACCGCAUGUUGUUUUCACUUACUUUACUACUCCUCGAUUCGACAGUAUAUACCCCAGGGCUGGCAGUAUAUUGGGUGGAACACAAGUCCUGAUAAGUGGCACAUUUGACGGAAGUCUGCUCUACAAGUGCUUGUUUGAAGAAGUGUCUGUGCCGGCUAUUCUCCUUAACUGGAGUACACUUUCUUGUGCUUCUCCUGUCUCAAAAGCUCCUCACAAGGUUAACAUCGCAGUCGAAACUCUUGAAAUUUUGAUUGAGGGUAACGUCCCUUUCUGGUUUACAUAUUAUGAUCCCCCAAUGAUUCAAUCGCUUAGCCCAGCAAUUGCUAGAAUUGGUGGUGGAGAAAAGAUUUUACUUUUGGGGAAAAAUUUCCUGUCUACAAAUGCUUUACAGUGCCGAUUUGGUGAGACUCUUGUCUCUGGUCUCGCCACAUUUAUCUCGUCAACAGCAGUAGAGUGUGUUGCUCCAACUCUUCAAACUGUAGGCUUCAUUAGUGUCGAAAUGACGAUGAACGGAGUCGACUUCACUGCCAGUCUACAGACGUUGUACUAUUACGACUCUAUCGAUGUUUUAAGUGUAUCGCCGGAGAAAGUAUCAACAUCCGGUGGCACCAAGUUGUAUCUCAAGCUUACAGCAGGACUAAUACACACGAACGCGUUUUAUGACUGCGUAUUUGUACGUUUGAUGAGCACAUUGAAAAGGCCAGCUUACUUUAUUUCGAGUACCGAAUUGACGUGCUACACACCUCUGUGGACACCAGGAAAGACAGAAGUGGGAGUUUUAGUAAACGGAAAGGAGCAAUACCUGGCAGCCAAUUCUAUCGCUUUCAUUGCUGAGCCUGUGUUGCACGCCGUUCAGCCAGAUCAUGGUUCUAUGAAUGGUGGAACGGUUGUAACUUUAUUUGGAGAAGCCCUAGACGAUACAUCGAUUGUGUGUUUGUUUGAUAACAUUGAAAUUGUCCCCAGCACUUUUUAUCGGACAUCAAUGACGUGUACAGCUCCGAGCAGCAUAUCUAAUGUUGUUGCACUUCAUGUUGGGAUUGGCUCUAGCAUUCGAUCGAAUAGUGUCAGAUUUUACUAUGAUCUACCUAUUCAAAUCUUGAAUGUUUCGAUUCAGCAUUUACCAGAUGCAGCCGGCAGCAAUUUAAUAAUAACAGGCACAAAUUUUCUUGACACAAUGGAGCUGCAGUGCAGUUUUGGUGCAAAGUUAGGAGCUUUUCCAGCAACCUAUGUUAAUUCGACCGUGGUAAAGUGUUUUGUCGGAAGCUUUCGACUCGACCAAGGAACAAUUGGAGUUAGCAAUAAUGGUCAAGACUUUACUUUCUUUGAAGCUCUUCUCAAGUACGAGAUUAGUCCUCAAAUUACUGCUAUAAAUCCUAAAUCGGGACCUCUUGAGGGCGGAACACGUGUCCAUAUUACUCUAAGCAACGCACAUUCACUAAGAAACGAAAAUGUGAUGAUAUUUUGCUCGUUUGGAAAGCAAGAUAGUCGUGCAUUAUUAGUCGGUGAUGAUAUGUUAAUGUGUGUCUCGCCUGGCGUGAAAGAGCCGUCAGAAGUUCCAAUUUCGUUUUAUUGGAGAAUAAAUGAUGGAGAGGACAACUUUGAAAUGCCGAAACAACAAAACUUUUUAUUCCAAUAUUUACGAUUUCCGACAUUGACGGACAUUGAACCCUCAAGUGGAUCCGCGGCUGAAGGCACAGUAGUGACAUUAUUCGGAAUCGAAUUUCGCGACGGAAUGACAGUAAGGUUUGCUUAUGGGACUAAUACAGAAGAUAUUCUUGCUAGUAUCGUAUCUUCUCUGAUAGCCACGGCCAGAGUACCUGAACAGCUGCUUGAAGGAUUUGUUACUGUAGCAGUAUCGAUAAACCAAGUCGACUUUGGUGAGAAGCUGCCUUUUUUCGUUCGUCCACGGCCUAUAAUAGAGUCGGUAUAUCCGUCUCAAGUCAACUGGCUGACAUCUCAACCUAAUGUCACUCUUACAAUUCGAGGCUCAGGCUUCACAGAAGUGGCUAAAGAGACGAUGAGAUGUCGAAUUGGUGAGAUUGGACCUUCAAGUCCUGUCGAUUGGAUCUCAAAUACUAAAAUUUUCUGCUUUGCAACGUACAUGAACGCUGGUUUUUACAGUGUAUAUGUCGCAUUAAAUGGAGUGAACUUUGUGAGCGAUAAUGUAACAAUUUCGUACAGAGAUGAGUUUGCGGUGAGCCAUAUACUACCAGCUUUUGGAGUGUUAGGAGGGGGUACAAAAGUACAGAUUUUUGGAUCUAAUUUCAAUGAAAUUACUACGGACCUAGACGUGGUCUGUGUACUUGGUACCAAAACGAGUCUUCUUCAUGUCAUAAAUGCAACUUUGGCCGAGUGUGUCACUCCAAGCCAGCCAAAAGCUGGUUUGGUGUCGUUUUCGGUUGCUCGUUUAGCUGACAUAGACCGUCAACACAACACACAAGGACUUUGCUUUUUUUAUCAUAAGAUGCCGACUAUCAUCAUGAUCAUUCCAUCUAUAAUCGGAUCCUCAAAUACCACUACGCUUCGUCUCAAAGGCGCUAAUUUUCUCGAUUCGUCGCUCUUAUCAUGUGUGAUUGAAAAUGUUUCAUUCCCAGGUAGAUUCAUCUCGUCAAGCAUUAUUGAAUGUGUCGUGAAUAAUGGAUUUAAACGUCUCUGGCAUACUGGAAGCUUUCUCAGUGCUGAAGUGUCCAAUAACGGGCAAGAUGUAUCAAAUACGGAAUUUCAAAUCUUCGUUCAUUCUUCACUCCAACUUAUCCAAUUAGCACCGUCUAAAGCUUCGAUUCGAAGACCAGUGACAAUCAGAAUCCAGUGUCGUGGGCUAUCUGUUUUUUAUCAAAACCUCAAGUGCCACAUUGGAGAAUCAUCAGUUGUAUCUGCUACAAACCUUGGUGAUGGAUGGAUCGAGUGUAUUGUACCACCUGCUUCACGAUCAGGACUUGUAAAGGUAUCUGUCUCAAUGGAUGGUGGCUUCUAUGCCUCGGAAUCGCUACAACUAUCGUACGAAGAUGUAUCAGUGAUUUAUUCUAUCGACCCUACAAGUGGUCCAUUUCGCGGUGGUACUUUAGUUACCGUUCAGGGCGAAGGUUUUGGAACAUCUGAUGCGCUCUACUGUGUUUUUGGGACAGAUUUCGUGCACGCCCAGGUUGUUAAUGUGACUGUAGUCAAAGGUGAGGCUGCUUCAUCGCUUACUUAUGAUUCUGUUGUCUCGUUUUCAUAUGUCGAUAUACCACAAGUUUUAGAAUUAUCUCCAUCUGUUGUUUUAACUGGAGAUAAGACUCUUGUCACGCUUAUAACAACAGGAAUCGAUGAGUCUGCUACUAUCUGGUGUAAGUUUGGUCACGUGAUUGUCCAAGCAAAUAAGGAUGGGUCUUUGGUGCAGUGCCACUCUCCAAGUCUCCAGCCAGGUCGAUAUUUCGUUGAAAUCUCCAACAACAAGCAAGAUUUCAGUGAAUCUUACGCUGAAUUGACUGUGAAGUUGAAGCCUGUCGCUUUAGCACUUAGCCCCACGUAUGGAUCACCCAAAGGAGGCAACGUUGUAACAAUCUCAGGAACUGGUUUCGAUUCGAAUGCGACCUUGGAAUGUUCGUUUGCUGAGAUCAGAGUUCCUGCUUUGUUACGCUCGUCGGAUCAAAUAGAGUGUGUGGCUCCUUUUCACAUGGCAAAAAAUCAGACUCAACGGGUCUCAAUUCGCUCUCGAGCAUCUCAAAACGAGAUUCAGUUAAUUGAGAUUGAUACGAUGGAUGAAGGACCACACGUUCAGGUGGUGACAACAAAAAGUUGGGGAAAUUCUCCGGAAGUGCAUGAUUUACUUCUUGUUCACCCUGCAGCAUUAACUCAGACGCAAGUUGUGGUAACGACGAUCUCGGAGUAUCGCCCUGACAUCCAGCAUGUGAUGCUAAAAAAUACACCACAGCUACCUGAAAUUCAGAUGAUUCAGACUUCGGCCAAUAGCAUUAUUUCAGGAGCAUUUACCUUGCGCGUAUUCGGCAUUGCUACCGCCCCUUUUUCGUAUACUGAAACUGCGAGUUCGUUCGCGCAAAAACUGACGGAUUCAACGCUAGGAAGUCACACCUUUCAAGUGACACGAACGGGUCCAAAAAGUUCGAGUAUACAAGACUAUACUUGGUAUGUGACGUUCGUGUCAGAUAUUGGUCAGCAGCCGAUUCUGUUGUUGAACUCCAAUAAUCUCGCGGGAACUGCGGCAACUAUAACGAUAUCUCGACUGCGGUCGGGCACAUCAGUCGAGGUCCAAACUUUAAGUUUAUUUGGUCACAGUUUAGACUCUAAAGUUGGAUCAUUUUCUAUAUCCUUUGGAGAAAAUUCGAUAAUGGUUGAUCUUCACGCUAGUUCUGCAGACAUGGCUACAGCGUUAAAACAGCUUCCAGCACUCAAAGAUGUUACAGUCUCGUAUAAUUCUCGAGUAACAACUGCGUAUACAAUAUAUGAAUGGGACGUACACUUUGAAGUGAACAUGCAGCCCAUCAUGUUGUUCGAAAUUGGUUGUGACCUUUUCGAUGUUAAGAGCUACGUAGCGCGCAAAAGGGUGGGGACUACACCACCACCAAGUGGGAAUUUCGUGCUGAAUUUGGGAUCUGAAACAACAGCUUUGAUACCUUGGAAUGCCUCAAGCGCUGAAAUGAAGUUGAUACUUGAAUCGCUGGAUGCUGUAUCAGUUGCUAUAGUAAAUCUCAACGAUGACUCGGCCUAUCUUCGCCUCUGGGAAAUCACGUUUCCGCCAGUUAAUGGCGAUCUUCCAGUUCUCACCACUGACAAUCGAUCCUAUGGAGAUACAUUAAAUACAUUGUCGAAUGGGUUAGAUAUAAUUACCAAGAGUAUACUGGAUGCUAAACCUUUACAAGGUUCAUUCCGCGUCACUCAUCAACAUUCUGGUGAAUUUGUAGAUAUGCCGGCAAAUGCAGAUUGUGCGAUGAUGUUGAAUGUCAUUGGAGGGUCAACAUGCGCUAUGUUUGGCCCAGGACUAUCAGGGGAACGUCAGUGGACUAUUAAUUUUGCCUUGAACACAUCACCCGUCAAUCCAGUCAUUGUAUCAAGCUACGGUCUGACAGGUGCUUCACCAAGUGUCAAUGUGGUGACACGACCAAUUGGAAACAAAGCAGAGAUUCAGCAGCUUGAAUUUAAGUUAAACCAUGCGCCUGAAGUCCAGCGUUUGUUUGUAUCUCAAACUGGAAACAUGUGGGAGAUACAAUCUUUGACUAUUGUUGGUGAUAGUCGACUCGAUGGCAUGUUUCGAAUUGGUUUCGGGUCCGUUCUGUCGCGAUUGUUAGAACCCGAAGCGAGUGCAAAUGAAGUACUUAACGCUAUUCAAAGUGUGUAUCAAGGCGGUUCAGUAGCAGUGUCUAGGAGCACUGUGGUGCAAUCGACAUUACAGGGUCUGCGCUGGGAUGUAACAUUCUACACUGCUGGAGAUAUUGAAGAUCUGAGUGUUGUAUCAAAUAUCACGAGUAGUGGGUCCAACUUCUCUGUGAGUUUUGCUGAAACUAAAAGAGGUGUGAUCGUUGAAGUUCAGAAUGUAACGUUAUCAGCUUCAAGUGGAAUCUUCGAUGGGACUUUCAAGCUGGCUUUUCGAGGCAGUAUUUCAGCUACCUUACCUUUAAAUGCCAGCGCUCUGGAUGUCAAGUCGAAGCUCGAAGAGAUGGUCACAAUCAGUGCAGUCAAUGUCAGUCUGAUUGAGCACAACACAGUAGGAGGACGCACCUGGAUGGUGACAUUCCCCUUUCACGCAGGAGACUUGCCACCCCUACAAGUUGUCAGUUUGACAUCAACAAGUACAAAGGCUCCGACGCUCGCAAUUUAUGAGGUUUCAAAAGGUCAAAUGUCUUCUUUGAGUGGUAAUUUUGAGCUUAAGUAUCUAGAUUGUCAAACUCAAGUCGCCGUGGGAUCUAGUGCAGCACAAAUUCAAAUGGCUUUGCUGAGUCUAGCUUCUUUAUCGUCUCAGACGUUACAGGUAUCGAUGGCUUGGACAGAUUUCACAGGUGGUUCCGCUUGGGAUGUGACGUUUACUUCCUUAAUUCCGACUUCACUAGUUGCUAUUGAUACGACAAAUCUUAAUGGCGAUUUUCCAUUUGGAAUGACGCAGAAAGUAAGAUCUGCUACACAAGAGGAAGUGCAACAAGUUCGAACGUUAAGUUUAGAUGGUGGAGCACUCUCUGGAGAGUUCACUCUUGUUUACGAUAAUGAAACAACAUCAUUGCUCCCGUUCGACUGUACAGCUGUAAUGAUGCAAAAUGCUUUGAAUCUGCUUCCAUCUAUUGGAACGGUUGCUGUCAGUCGAAAUAUUGGGGCAACAGGGACGUAUUUUGAUUGGUUUAUCACUUUUACGGCGCCAAAAGUGCAUGCAGAUCCACUGCUUCUCGAAGCAAAAGGAGAGCAAAUAACGCUCAAGUCGACAAAAUCUGAUGCGAGAAUCACCGUCACCGAGAUGGUUAAUGGAUCACUUAGUGCUUUGUCUGGAAACUUUUCACUCCAACUUGGAAAUGGGAAGAAGGUCAUAGUGUCAGCGGGUGCUUCAGCAUCUGAGCUAGCUACACAACUUGCCAAGCUGACUACUGUAACGAAAGUGACAGCUUCUCGCUCUACAACUGGGCCUGCUGCCUAUGGUGUGUAUUCAUGGACAGUCACCUUUCAUGAUAGCGGAGAUGUUCCAAUGCUAAGGGUUGAUGCGUCUGCACUCGAAUCCACGGGUGAGAUUGUAAACUCAGUCUCAACUAUGCAAGAAGGUUUGCUUUCAUGCUGUAUUGACGGCUCGUUUCGGCUUUUGGCUGGACAAAUCGAUCAAAUUCUACCGGGUACGCUGAAGGUGGAACGAAACUGGCCAUUAGUGACAACAAGUCAUGAUUUGACUGCAGUAUUAGCUCGUGGUGACCUCAUUCGAAUUGGAGUCAAUGUAUUUGCCGUUGACCACUUUCUUCCAUUUAAUGCGACCGUUAUCCCGUUAAAUGUUUCAUAUCCUGAAGCUACAGAUACAGGACAAAUUGCGUAUUCGCAACGCAAAACGAAGGAAAUUAUAGUGAUCGAUGUAACAGCAGACCAAAUUGCUAGUGAAUUGCGAACAAUUCUUCCUGAUGCAGAUAUUCAUGUACAAAAUGUUGAGCAAAUGCCUAAUGGGGGUUCACGAUGGCUAUUGACUUUCAUGAAAAUUUUUCGUUGGAGUCCAUUACGUACGUCUUUUAAUUCAUCUAAAACAUCGUUAGAAGCAAGUCUAACCCAGACAAAAGAGCGUGAAGAGGGUGAGAUAUAUAUGAUAUACGUCAAUGGUAGUGCCCCCAUCAGUGGGACAUUCGCAUUAUCAAUUGAUGGAAUUGUGUGGAAAUCUUUAGCGGUCAAUGCAACAGCAGACGACAUGCGAUUGUUGCUACAAAGCGCUGGAUUUUAUGAAAAAGUCAUGGUAGAAAGAAAGGCAUUGGCACUUACUCCGUAUCCGUAUGGCGAUGGUUACGGCUGGUUUGUCGAAUUUUUAUCUGAUGCAGGACACGUGCGACCGCUUUAUUUUGAUACAAAAGGAGUUAAAAGUACUUCUCGCCCGGACAUCUCCGCCGGGUGGAUUUUAAUACGACCUGCGACGUCGACGCCAUUAGGAGGCUCGUUCCAGCUUGGCUGGAAAGGAAAAUACACAAGAAAUAUUGGUUUCGAUGCAACGGCAGCUGAAGUCACAACCGCAAUUCAGGAGCUACAAGAUUUAAAUAUAACAGGUGUGACACGAUCACCUACGGGUACAAACAACGGGUACACCUGGUUCAUUACUUUUGACUCUCAAUCUUCAAGCGAGCUGCUUAGUGUAUCGACUUCUGAACUAAGCGGUACUAGGGCAACCGCUCAAGUGAUAGUGUUAAAGCAAGCACCACGGAUUAUUGGGUCGUUUCGGCUCGAAUUAAAUGGUGUUUUUACCGACGAACUUCUGGUAUCAAGCACUCCUGAGCAACUUGGAAGCGCGCUGACGAACGCACUAAACGUAGGUCGCGUCUUUGUCUCGUCGAUUCCAUCCCAAGCCCUUACGUGGAAAGUAGAAUUCAUCUCGACUCGAGGAUCCAUUGACUUGCUUCGCAUUGAUACACGAAAAGUGAUUGGAUUGAAUGUCAUUUCACGUGUUUCUCGUCUUCAAAGGGGUAUAUCUUCGCCAAUAGAUGUUGGAUCUGUAAGUCUCAGUUUUAAUAACAAUGAAACUAUUGCCAUCAGCUUAAACGCAAGUGAAAGCGACGCUAUCACAGCUUUUCAGUCCAAAACAAGUGCUAGUGUCAAAUCAGUGCAAAUAUCGAAGCAGUCCGAAGUGAUAGGUGAUCGAAACUAUGUGAUACUGUAUUGGGACAUAUCGUUCGAUCCCUCUGCCCAGACUCACGACCACGCGGUCAUGUGCGACUUUCCUCUCGUUCAAGCUGAUGUGACGGAUAUUUAUGGUGCUGAUGUGACAACGUGGACAGAACGCGUGGCUUCGCCUUGUGUGUCCGUCACGCUUUACGUCAACAGUCAAAAUUUUGUUGACACAAAUCUCAAGUAUGCUUUCAUCUUAAUUCCUGUGGUCACUUCAUUGCAUCCGGCACUGGGUCCUGCAAGCGGAGGCACUAAUGUCACGAUACGAGGUCAGCACUUUGUCGCUGGUCCUCAACUCGUUUGUGUGUUUGGAUCUCAGGAGGCUCAAGCCUUUUUUAUAAAUGUAACAACAGUUUGGUGCAUUGCUCCGCCACAACGAUAUUCGACAACAUUAUAUGUAAAACUCAAAGCAUUUAGUUUGGAGAGACCAGGUCAAGACUUUGUAUCCGAAUCACUUGCGGUCUUCGAGUACUAUCCUCAGCUUGAAUUCAAGGCCAUGUAUCCUACUGAGGGUCCUUGUACUGGAGGAACAGAGCUGAAACUAAACGUUUCCGGCGUUCGGGAGUCGCCUCUACUCUCUUGUGCCUUCACAAUCAAUAUGCCAAGUCGAGAAGAGCCUAUGUACGUCGUUGUCGCAGCAACUUGGCCAUACAAAGCCACCGCAAUCGCUAACGUGCAAGUUUCGAACAACGGCAUCGACUUUGUCUCGGCUUCAAGACCAUUUCUUUUCACCCCAGUCGUAAAUAUUACAAGUGAGGCUGAAGUUGAUCUAAGUACCGUAACAAUUGUCUCGAUGGUACCACUGAUAGGUCCACUUCGAGGAGGAACAACAGUGCGUUUGACGCUAUCGACGGCUUAUCCUGGAUCACUCGUUUUCUGCCGGUUUGGCGCAGAAGUUGUUUAUGGAACAGUAAACACACACAUCGUCUUAUGUGUUACUCCACGAGUUGCAACCGCAAAGAAAGUUCGGGUAUCAAUCGGUGCCAAUGGCAUAAAUUUUGAUGUUUUCGCGGCAAUUUUCGAAUAUCGCGUCGAUGCGUCUCAAUCUUUCCAGCUAACGCCAUUGAGUGGAUUCAUUGGAGGAGGCACAAUGCUUCAUAUUUUCGGUAUUCUAUUCGAUAAAGAUGGCAGCUAUUCGUGUAAAAUCGGUGAGAAGAUUGUGCCUGCUGAGUACGUUAAUGACACACACGUCGGCUGUCGGACGCCAAGUAUCGACAAGCCAGGACAAGUGUCGGUCAAAUUAUCGGACAAUGGCGUCGACUUCUCCAACUUUAACUUGUCUUUUGUUUAUAAUAAUCCACUUUACGUAAGACGAAUUGAUCCAGUGAGCGGGGAUUUAGAAGGUGGACAACUUGUGACAAUUCAAGGUGGCAAUUUUAGUACAGGAGCUGAGGCUGUCACUUGUCGAUUUGGAGAUGCAGAGACGAAAGCUAUGGUUCUGUCGGCUUCAAGUGCUCAAUGUAUUGCUCCAAAAUUGCAACCAAUACACGAGAUUCAAAGUUUGAAGCUGACUGCCGAUAGCUUUGUUCCCGAAAUCCAAAGCGUCACAAUAGCAUCGUUACCCUUGCAGCCGACAGUUCAAGAAAUUACUAUGACUGAAGCGGCCCGUGUGCCAGAGAUACAACGAUAUACCGUAUCGGGAGAUGCAGUCCGUGAGAAGCAGUCGAUUCGACUUCGUUCGCUUGCAUAUUCAGGCGAAGAAUUUCGUGUCGCAAGCUCCAUUGUUUCGCUGGUGAACGAAGUUCAGACCGUUGAAUUGCGUGCUACUUCUUUUAUCGGUGGGUCAUUCCGUCUUUCAAUGGAACACCGGCAGACGACCACUCUUACUUCGUACGCAACGCGACAAGACGUUGAGAUAGCACUCGAAAGUCUCGAUAACGUUAAAAGUGUUGCUGUUUCAAGAAAUACUCAAGGAUCCCUGGGCUCGUGCACUUGGGUGAUUGAGUUUUUGGAUCGAGCCGGAGACGUACCGAUGCUUGAGUUUAUUAAUGUCUCUCUUGGAGAUUCAGGUUCAACCGAUCUAUUUUUUGGCGUCUCAGAGACGGUCAAAGGACAAGGAAGUCCUCUUUUUGGCUUUUAUCAUUUGAUUAUUGAUGGGAUCCGUACCUCACGUCUUGCGUAUGAUGCGACGAAAGACGAGAUGAUGGAUGCUCUUCGAGCUGUACCCACUUCGAACGACAUCAUUAGUGUUACUCGGUCAGGUCCAUUCCUAAACAAUGCGUAUGAGUGGAGACUAUCGUUUGGCGGGUUCCCAAGCCACAUUCGGACUAUAAACUACGACGUUAGUGGCUUGGCCCAAGCGAGGGGAAAUCUUGAUGUCACGCUUAUUUCUACGGGAGCUAAGAGCGAGCAGCAGCAGAUUACAACCACCUUAUCGAGUGGGAGUUUUAUGUGCAAACUACUAUCAAGUGAAAGUGGUAGUAUUGACGUGAGUUGGACUGGCGAAGAAGUUACGCAAGCGUUUGAUAGCUCAAAUUUUGGACAUGUGGUCGUAGAAGGUGAUGCUGGAGGCCCGUGGGUUGUCAUCUUUGUCGAAUUGGCAGGAGAUUUGCCGCUCUUGUCAUGUGGGGCAACGCAAACGGUGACAGAAGUGACAGUGGGCAGCGGACAAAGCUUGGAAGGGAAGUUUGCUCUCGAAUUAAAUGGGGAACCGACUACUUUUUUUAAUUUCGACGCAAGUGCUGCAGAAUUAACAGCCGCAUUGAGCCUUUUGACGAGUGUUGGUGAGGUGACCGUAGAUUACCAACCGAGACAUCCAAAGAUUGGAGGAACUUGGAUAAUCACAUUUUCGGAGUCGGAUGGUGAGAUCCCACUACUAAGCGCCGAUACAACUCACUUAAAAGGGGAGUCACCGUCAGUUACUGUGACUGAGAUUCAGCGAGGUAAUCGACUUACCGGACAAGUAGCUUUUGCAUGGAAUGGCAACAUUUCAAGUAGUUUUGAUGUUAAUACAAAUGCUGUGGAAGUGGAAAAGGCUUUGUCGAAUCUGAUGGGGUUUGAAAAUCAGAUAUAUGUUAAUGUGGUGCGGCAAUCAACGAGUUUCAGAACCGUUUUCACCGCUACAUUCCUGGAGAUGCUUGGCAAUAUUACACAAAUCCAACUCGUGAACCAAAGUGUAAGCGGUCAAGGAGUGACGCUGACGAAUGAAACGUUACAGGAUGGCAUGCCACCUCUUAAUGGAACCUUCACGCUUUCGUACGGACAAGUGCGAACACCGCCUCUUCAUUGGAACGUGUCGUCUGAAGAUAUGACCGUGGCCGUGCAACUUCUUCGGAGCAUUCCUUUUAACGACGGUGUUAGCGUUAUUCGCUCGGGGUCUAGCUUCUCAAGUGGAAGGACAUGGAAAGUAACAUUUCCAUAUGGAAUGCCAUUUCCGAGUCGACUUUUUGUAGUUGACUAUAGCUCAAUUUUUGGUUUUAAUGUGACAAUGCACGUUCGCUUGUUGUCACAAGAAACGGAAAGGUUAGGCGGCACCAUUCGAGUAAGUUAUGGAGGCGUAUCAACUGCGAAAUUAAACAUUACUAAUUCAAGUGUCAAGUCAUUCCAAAGCGAGCUACAAAAACUUCCGUCUUUAGCGUAUGUAAUCGUUUCACGAUCUCAAACUGGAAACUCAAUCGAAUAUCUCGUCACGUUUCAGUCCCUAGACGCAGCGAUUUCAGUGUCAUCUUUGCUGAGUAUUGAUGUGACGGAAGUAAAAGGAACGGAACCGACCGCAGAUGUACGACGGACUCGCGAUGGAAAGCACAGCGAAAUUCAGAGCAUUUCAAUAUACGGAACUAUUGACGUUCCGAGCGUAAAUUUUAAUGUUGUGUGGGACGGAAAGCGAAGCAGCAUUGCUGGGUCGGCAACGAUACUUGCGACAGACCUCAAAACUAUGUUGGCCACGAUACCUGGACUCGGAGCUGCAGUCGUAGAGCGUUAUCCUUCUACUGUUGGUGUUGGCUUCACUUGGCUGGUAUUAUUGAUUGAGGGCACACGAGAUGUUCCGAUUCCAUUCACCAUUGAGCUGCUUGGAACAAUACCGUCCGAUCUUAUUUAUCAAGUAAUAGUGUAUCCUGCGACACUGUCGCCGUUAACAGGAACAUUUACAUUGCUUACUGGAAAAGAAACGUGCGUUGAAUUAAGUUUAGGUGACUAUUGCGCCGAUGAGAAAAUUUCGGCAAUCCCAGUUAAUGCCGAUGCGAUGGCAAUGGCACUAGAAAUCUCGGCCUUACCCAAUUUGGCUGGAACUACUGUCUCGUUAGGACCAAAAGUUUCAAAUUGGGAAUAUGAGUGGAUCGUGACUUUCCCAAGCGCCUAUCUGGAACUACUCCUCUUAGAAAUUGACCAAGCUUCUAUCAACGGGCCAUUUGUGCAUUUUAAAACCACACGACUGCAAGAAAGUAUUGGUAUAAAUGGCAUCUCUUUACCUCUUGAAGUCUCUACAAAUGGUCAAGACUAUUCAUCAAGUGGAAUUUAUUAUCAUUAUACGCCAAUUCCUGAAGUUUUCUUGAUCACGCCAAACCAUGGACCUUUAAAAGGAGGAACUGAGAUUGUAGUCACGGGAAUUAAUUUUCAGAAUACGAGUACCUUGUGUUGUAGGUUUGGUGAUCGCGUUACAACAGCCGCUGUGUUUUUCAACUCGACCCACUUCACCUGCGUAUCCCCUAGUGGAUUUGAACAGGGCGAAGUCUAUAUGGAAGUCACGAAUCAUGGGCUACUUGGCUCCACCAUCUUCACCACCAGCAGAAAAGUUUUCACGUACGAUCCUGAUAUACGAAUUGACACACUUUUUCCGUCUCUAGGUCCUACCACAGGCAAUUUUUCAGUUCGAAUCAUGGGAGGACCUUUUAAAUUAUCGGACACUGGAUACUGUAAAUUCGCUGAGAUUCUUGUUGAGGCGACUUGGGUGAGCGCCGAUGAGGUGUCGUGUACGGCGCCACCGCACAGUCCUGGUGUAUUUGCGCUAGAAUUGACUAGAAAUGGUCAGGACUACACUGAAACGUGUGUGCCAUUUACAUACUAUGAAGAACAAGGCUUUCGGUAUAUCUCACCUACAUUUGGGCCAGCUUAUUCUGCGGGAACUAGAAUUGAUAUUGAUGGCUUUAAUUUUGUGAAUUCGUCUUUGCUGUCUUGUCGGUUUGGCUAUGUUGUUACUCCAGCGGAGUACGUAAGUCCAACAAAAAUGCAAUGUUCUACACCGUCACUACCGAUUUAUUGUGGUGAACUCAUGUUUGCGCCACUGUCAGAGUAUCGUAAUCAAUAUGUCGACCCCAAUGUUGGCAGCUUGUACAUGUUCCCCGACGCGCACACCUAUCCGCAAUAUCUUACACGUUUAGUGUCAGUUGAAAUCUCGAAUAACCAGCAAGAUUUCUCACUUUCAGGCAUAAAUUUCGUGUACUACCAAGACGAAACGCUUGAGACAAUCGCUCCAACUCAAGCUUUUGAUAGUGAUGAUACGCUGUCAAUUUUUGCCUAUGGUCAAAAUUUUAUCAAUAGCACCGCUUUAUCUUGCCGUCUUGGACUGCAGACCUUUCCUGCGACGUUCAUAAGCUCACGAUUGUUGUUGUGUGAGGUAGUACAUCCGAUGUUGUUGCACGACGGUUCACUAAGAAGUUUAAACAAUAUUCGUCACCUUACUCAACCGAGACAUGCACCUUUUGAGGUGUCUAACAACGGAAGGGACUAUACAAUUAGCCACGUCACUUUCGAAUUUCUUGGAGCGUGCCCGACUGGGUAUUUUUGUCCAAAGCAGCUGCAAGGCUCGAACAGGAAACUUCCUUGUCCGCGCGGUACGUACUGUCCUGGGGUUGCCAAUAAAGCUUUCACUCUCUGUCCACGCGGAACGUAUCAGCCACAAACUACUCAAGCGGCGUGUCUUCGAUGCCCAAUUGGAUAUCACUGUCCGCAUGCAGGUAUGCACGUACCGCGGUUGUGUCCAGCUGGAUUUGUUUGUGACGUCACCGGAAUUGAAGAAGCCAAUGUGCCCUGCCCGGCAGGACACUACUGUCUCGAGGGGACCGCGACCACAGCAACGACGUGCACUCCGACAUCAAGCCAUACGGGGAUGAUGGUUGCAUCUGCUGGACUGACCGUGACAGUGCGUCGACAACGGGGUAAAGCUCCUCUGGCCAGUGUACAGGCUCGUAAGAGUGGAUGCUGGCGUAACGAGACGAACGACUUUGGGUUGCAGCUUAGUGCUCGUCCUUCGCGGUUUUGGAUGGAAUUACGGCAGCUUCCUUUGGCGCCUGGUUCAUCGUUUAAUACACCUAUACGUGGUCGAUUCUGUUUGGACGAUACCUGUGUAAAGCUAGCAGACGCAGACAACCUUCGAGUAAAGGACUUGUUCUUUGACUAUGACUCAACAGACUUUGCUUUGCGGCGACCAGUUGCGUGUCCUGCAGGAUCGUAUUGCCACCCUGGCACUGCAGCGAGCGAUUCGCUUAUGAAGAAUUUUUCAACUAUUCAGCCUUGUUUUGAGUCCAUGUAUUGUCCAGAAGGUAGUACAAGCCCACGUGGUUUUGGAGAGUGCGCUCCAGGCUUCUACUGUCCGUUUGGCACGCGCAUUCCAUGUCCUGCUGGGUCGUACUGCCCUCAAACAGGUCAUAUCGCACCAUUACCAUGUCCUCCUGGUACAUUUAACGGCAUGACAGCGCAGGCAAACUGCACUUCAUGUCCUGUUGGGUUAAUUUGUCCAGGGUAUGGUCGAAUCAUGCCUGCCUUGUGUCCACCUGGCUACGUGUGUAGCAAAACGGGGCUCGCAUCGCCGAAUAGUUUGUGUCCAAGGGGGUUUUACUGCCUUGAAGGCACAGCAACUUCAGAUGGAUUUCGAAAUGACACGAGGCUGAGACCGUAUCCAUGUCGACCUGGCACUUACUGCCUCAAAGGUGUCGUGGCUGACGAAGUCCGUGUGGGUGACUAUCGCUAUCCACAAAAUUGUACGGCAGGUUUCUUUUGCGAACUAGGGUCAUUUUCACCUAAAGGUUCAGGCCUUUGUCCACCUGGUUUUACUUGUCCAAGCGGAACGACAGCUCCAAUACCUACAUCGGUAGGAACGUUUGCUCAGCUUGAAGGAACUGUGUCUGCAGCUGCAUGCUCCCCGGGUUAUUACGCACCAACAAUUGAGUCAACCGAAUGCGUGCCGUGUCCUCCUGGCACGUCAUGUGAGAACGACGGUACAGCUAUUGCAACCAUUUGUCCGCCAGGUUCGUAUCGUGGGAGUCUAUCUGCAGAUGGUUUGGCGUGUUUACCUUGUCCCCAAGGCACAUGGUCUAAGAACUGGGAACUUCGCGGCGUUGAAGAGUGUAUAGAGUGUGCGCCUGGAACGGUAUGCCCUAUUGAUGGCAUUUCGAACCCGUGCACAAUCAGUGAUUUGCCUGACACUUACGCACCCGUAGCCGCUAACUUAACGUUCUCUCAGUGUCUUGAAGGUGGACCUACUUUCUUUUUUGGAAUACUUUUGGAGCCAUGGAUUGACGAGUCUGGUCGCGGUGUUCACUUCCUCCCUGACCGAGAUAAUGGACGCUGCUACGAAAACGCAAAACCUCGAGGAUCGGAUCUGUAUCAACGAUUUGCGGAGUUUCAUGGACCCCUUUACGAGAUUAGCACGAAAACGGGAAUCCCUCAUCAAGGAUAUGGCACCGAUAGUCAGAAUCCCCCACUAAAUAUAUUUGCGCGGGGCUCGCUGGCUAUUGAUCUACCACUCUCAAGAGCUUACGACGUCGCACGGAACUGCACACCGGGCUUCUUCUUUAAGCAACAAUGGUAUCCAGGUACGUGCGAGGCCGAUCUAAUUUGCUCGGCUUCUGCUUCGUCAAACGUAACAUCCGCGGAUGAGUUGGUAGCACAGGCACAGCCAUGUCCCGAGGGCUACGUCUGUGAUGCAUCGACGACUAGCGACAAUGCCUUUAGUCACCUCUGUCCGGCCGGCUACGUCUGUGGCGCAGGCACAACACCAGAUCUCACACUCGACUCGCCUCGCGGGCAGCUUCGCGAGUUGUGUCCAGCCGGAUCAUACUGUAUGGCUGGUACGGCCGAGUCGCAAAAAAGACGAUAUAAGUGCCCUGCUGGCUAUUUCUGCCCAACUGGGACGGCAAAUCCAUUUCUCGGUGAGAUGGCAAACGAUGCACUGCGACGACGACUCUCAAGCAACGUGAGUAAUCCGUUUUUAUCCAUGAAUUACACGAAAUACGUUGGAGAGGGCGAUAUCCGGGUGGUGUCUGCUCAUGAUAUUCAUUGCUUUGACGGAGUUGACGCGAAUCUUGUCGACGUAUUUCGUAUGCGACCAGAUCCUACGAAUGCUAGCAAAACAAUUGUCGUAAACCGAGCUGAAGAGCAAGAGCAUUUGUGUGGUCGCGACCACAAGUGGAGAAUGGUGGAUUUUGCGAUGCGUCGAAAUGACUGCGAUUGUGUAUUACAGACAAAGAUUGUACGUCGCGUUUUCCAGCUAUGGAAGUGCACAACAAUGCCAUCUUCUACUCCGCCUUCUCGUUACGAUUCAAGUAGGUUUGGCUGGCCUAAAGCUCACAAUUCAGCUAUCCAGUGUGCAUUUUCGGGUACUCGUGCUUCAAAGCCUGUUAACCUUACUUCUCUAGUUGCUGAGGGAGGCACUGGUGUGCGAUUUCAAACGGGCUGGACAAAUACCAUAGCCGUGCAUUCAUACGAAGAGCUUCGGUCUCUUGUCGAGGCUACGUAUGCCAUAGAAGGUAAAUUGGUGAAUCCAUACGUGUUUGAUUUACACCAUGCUGUCGAUUUGAUUGAGAAUUUUGGAGAGGACACCGCACAGAUUGCUGGCUUUGUCUUCGAUUCUAGUGAAAGCAAGGACGAUGAUCUGAUUAGAUUGGAUGCUUGCGCGUGUUCACAGAUGCUUAAGUGUCCAAAUGGAACCACGUCCGCCGCUGGAUCUGACGACAUUUACGACUGCGUGAAAACAGGAGACGAAGUUCUUCAGCGUAUUAGCCUCAUUCCCUUGACAAGCGAUCGGCUACUGCAUGGCCUCGAAUAUCAAGACGUAACUGGAGUUUCGGGUCGAGGAUUGGGUAGCAUCAUUCUUAAACCUCUUGAAGUAGCCGUCGUGACAAUUAAUACGACACGAAUCGAGCGUAAUCUCACGUACGGUGCUCACUACCAAAUUUCUGUAUACCAAGACUGCAAGCCUUGUCCUCCUCGAUACAAGUGCGACUUAAGCAGCGAGCCACCUAGCUGUAAGUAUCCUGAUAAUGAUAAUCGUACGGCGAGUAUGCUGUAUGAAAAGUGCUUGGAAAGGUACAAAGGAGACUCGUCCAUCUGCAGCAACAUGCCGUACUUUUGCGAUCACCGCGCACUUUCUGCGAAUAGCUCACUAGGGACAGCUGAUGAAAGACACAACGACACUACCAUUCUUGCAGGGUGUUGCUCUUGUGAGCGACAGGAAAUGCCAUACUACUUCAUGGACAAUUCUAUAGCAGAUAGAGGCUUCCCAGACAACAAGCACGGAUAUAUACAGUUUAGUGUCGCUGCACUUAAGCAGGUGGAGAUUACGAUAGCGGUGGAGCUGGUCCACGGAUUGUAUGUCCGCGACUUUGCUAGCGAGUUCACUGAAGAUAGCUUCGAUUUGACAGUAUUCACCCCUAAACGUGCGGACUAUUCUCUAUCGACUCCAUCAACCAAUUCCUUCCUCGCGGUCAUGCAACAAUCUGAUUUGGACGGCAUCAUGCUGCCGCUCAAUUUGCCUGAAGAAUACGUUCGAGUAGCCGGUACUCUCACGUACAAGCAGCAGGUUGCAAGCACAAUGCUCAUUAAUCGCAUGUCAGACAUCUUUGUCGGUGACCCUGAGCUUCCAGGCAAACGCAAUUAUAUCCGCAAUACUGAGCAGAAUUCCAUCGGUGAGCUCAGUUCGACGAGUAGUGCGAGCGAUAGCAGUAAUGGGAGCAAAAAAACAGACAGUUUUGUCGUCUCGCCAACAUAUUAUUUUGGACUGUAUCCGAUUCCAAAUUCAGCUGAUGCCACUCUGCGUCGGGAUUCGUGGUGGACUCAAAAACUAGGUGGCUCUGAGUUUUUAGCACUUCCGUACUUGCCGUACUUUUCGUCGUGUAGAGGCUUUGGCUCGAACAUUUUUCUUUUCAAGUUGCUCGAGACUCAUCCGGAUUGUACUUUUGUUAGCUAUGACGAAACUGUCGAGGUGGACCAGUACCCGUGGAAGCGCAAGCUCGUUCCAAAUGCUGAUCGAUGCAUCAUCGAGUAUACGGCCGAGGUAGCUGAAACGCAAUCGCUAUUUUCAUCAAUUUCAUCCAAGGCCGAAGCCUUGACUCAAAGCUCAAAUUCCUCGGCAUCAAAAACGACAUUUGAAACGUUUCAGCGAGGUAUAAGCUUGGCAUGCCUUUAUGAAGAAAACCUUGAAGGUGGAACGGAGAAAACACGCUGGUACGAGGCACCCACCGACACGAUUUUGUUUUAUCUUACGCGUGAUCCAACGGCAGCAGACGAUUUUGUCGCUAAAGGAGAUGCUACUACAGGAACGGGUUGGGGUCGCUCCAAUGUCUUGAAAAGCUAUAUAGGCUCUGAUGCUCUCAUUCCUGUCAAAGUCGGGCGAGCUGCUGGUGUAGCGUUAGCAGUACCACGUGAGGUUUACCUCAACUUGAGCUACUAUCAAAUCACACCAAGUAAAAAGAGACUUGUACAAGCAUCAGCGAGCUUUGGCAACCUGUGUGCGGUGACACGAUCAGCUGAUAUGCUGACGAAGUUGGCCAAAAAGAGCAUAUACCCGUGCACUGUCAAUAAAGCAACAAACCAAUUAGCGUCGAAAGAGUAUACGCUACAGGUGUUGUGGGUACCCCUUGACUGGUUCGAGCUCCUUAACCUGUUCCAAUUCAGUGUGGAUGUUUACUUGGGCAUCUUUACGUUGGUUGCGAUAGCCAGUAUGCUUCUUGGGUUUGUUCUUUGGGUGAUUAACCGUUUGUUCACGAAAACGAGGCACCCACCCAAAUUUCGCAUGAAAAUGCUGCUUAGAAAUGUAGCCACUCCACCUCCGAUUGGCAUUUUGCUUGGAAUUGUACCAAUCUUUGUAGCGUGUAUGCUCGUUUACACAUGGUGGCACGUUAUAGCUUCGACGGACCCGCUCAAAACACCAAGCGCAGCGUCAUUUGAAGACACGGCUGGCGACUGGCUGGACCAGAUUUCGUUAGACAAGGCUCGCGUAGAAAAUUACAAACGCGGUCGGGUCGGACUUAGUUUAAUAGUGAUUGGUAUCUAUCUCCUGCUUCUAGGCUCGAGAUUACUGGUGCCAGAGACUCUGGACGCUAAACCCGAGGACAACGCACACAAGGAAAUGUCCAUUGUCAAACCCACUGAUCCGUUUACUUUCGAAGCAUCCGAAACAGAGGGUGAGAAUGAAAGUGAAUUGUGGGAUCCUCGUGCUUGGAAACGGGCCAACCUUUUGCUCAUAACAGUGUGCUUUUUAGCACCUAUGCUGGUUUUUUGGGAGUUUUCGUACUCACCAUCAUUCACAGACAACAUCUAUGGCUACUUUGUUCUGUUUAAGAUCCUGCGAGCUGUGAUGGAGUUAGUGCUGGAAUUUUUCUUGCACGAAAAACUUUUGGUCAUGCCGUUUGCUGUGGUGCUGUCAGCUUCCGAAAGUAUGAUGGCGAUGGGCUCGGCCGACUUUAUUGGCUUUCUUACAUUUUACGUCAUCAACAUGACCCUAGUUAUGGUUGAGCACCUGUACACGGCGCCGUUGUUGCGUCACACACGUGCUUUAUGGCCAAAAUGGCGUCUUCUUCUUCAACGUAAAUGGAGAAAGCGGCGAUUACGUUCUCGUGAGCAAAAGGCUGAUGAAGAAGCCGAGUGGCAACGCGUAUGUGAGCAAAUUGAUCUCCAAGCCUCCGGAGUUGAGGCAGUACUUGAAGGAAUAGCCGGCUACAGCGUCGUGUUCACAGAGCUUUUCAUCGCACCAACUUUACUAGCCUUUCAAGCGUUCUUUAGCAGUGACACGCAGAUGCCAGCACUUUACAAUGUCAGGCAAACGGACCUGCUGUAUUACGCGCUCUUUUCUCUGUUUAUUAUCCCAAGUAACUUGGUGCUGGGCGCGUUGCAGCUGAACACGAUGGAAUUAGCGCAUGGGUGGAGACUUUUCGAAUAUUCGGCGUACCAGAGGCAUCGUUUCGCUACACGAGAAAAGCGAUGGCAAUUAACCCACACGGCAGCGGAUGAGAGUAUUCAUCCAAGCUGCCAAAGUCUGGAUGUGCUUUGCUUUUCGUCGCAACUCUAUUUUCUGCUGAUCGUGUACUCUGCAGGUAUUCUACUUAGUAUGUUUGGAAUUUCUGUCUGUUUGCGUGCCAGCUACAGCUUCUUUGGCGACCCUAUCACACUUCUUGUCAUCUCUGUAGUCAUGUGUCUGAUGCGAGGGUUGGAACUUGUUUGUGUCCGGCUUGGGGGCAAAUUUGAGGUGUGGAAACCACGCAAUAACGGAAGCAGUACUCUGGAUGAAGAACUUGCCGCCAAGCUUGCUCUAGGUGCCGGUCGACAACAAGAGCUAGAGCGCGAGCGUCUAGAUCUUCAAGCUCUUAAUUCGGAACGAUUUCGUCACCGGUUCUUAGAGCGCAACCGCCCUUGGGUGCUAGAACAUCUUGCAGAGAUUUUUACAGCACGAACGCUCCAAGCUACAGACGGCUUGGCUGGUGACAACCGUCCCAAUUCGGAGUAUAUACGCGAUCUGUAUCAUGAGCUCGUGAACAUGGGUGAAGGACGGCGACUUAAAGGUGAUCGGUCUGAUAUCUCCUCGGACACAGAGGAUGAUCUUGAGAAACAGCGUCGAUCUUGGUCAAAUGUGCCGGUAGAGGGGGCUUCGCGUAAUUUAGUCUUGUUCUGGUUGGCACGAGCUCGUAAGCGACGAGCAUUGGGCAAAUGCGUAGGUGAGAUUGUUGCUAAAUACUGUCAAAGUGAAUGCUGUGUCUGUGGCAAACGCGAGGACGGCGGAUACACUCUGCAUGUUGAUUUGGCAGCACAAGAUGGGGCGAAGGAACAUGAUCCGCGUGCGCUAGAUCGACUCAUUGAUGAGUUUGAAAUUAAAUUCGGAGCACAAGAGACAGAUGCCGAUUUGUGGAAAGCUUACGUCCGCAAGCAUGCAUACUUUGCCACACUCUGUAAUGUGUGCUUGACCGUCAAACAGCAGGGAUCGGAAAACGAGGCAAAUAAACUUGUUAGAGUCACUAAGUUACGCACGGAAGAUAUCUCGAGUGACGAAGGUAGCGAUGAUGAUGUAGGCGACGUGUCAUUUGCUCCCAUCAUAGUGGCGCGAGCAUCCACAGAAGGUCGCGUACUCACGAAAUGGCUACUUGCUGCUCGGAAGCGGUUGGGUGGCGUCUUUCCACGACCCGAAGCUCAGGAAGAAAUGGAGCGUUAUGCACGCAAGCUCAAACAUUUAAGUCGACGAGCGGGUAAAACGGAUCACGUUGAUUCUGAUGAUGAGGAAAACGACCCAUCACGAUAUUGGAGGAUAGAGUUGAACGAAGCUGCCCGGGCACUUGCGCUGAGGUGGCUGUGGAAAGCUCGUGACAUUCGUGAUUUCGCGGCACGCGACGUUGCAAUUGACUUGCGUACAAAAUUGCAAGCACUCAAUGACAAGAUCGUAGAAGCCGAUGAUUGGUAUUUCGGACGGGAUCUGCGUGAAGCUGGCCUUGCCUUGCAUUACGAUGGAGUACAACUUGCAAAGGAUCAGACUCGCAUAAACGAAGAGUUGGCUCAAAAUAUUCAAGUCACAGAGCGAGAUGUGGAAGCAUUUGCGAAAUCUCAGCGAUCAAAGAACGCAGCGGAGGAAAAGGCAUUUGCUGAGCUCAUCGAAAAAGAGCGCGAAAAAGGUAUAGCUAAAAUUGCUGCUCGAAAAGUUGAGCUGUUAGAGGUCUAUAAACAGAAGGAGAUGGAGUUCGCUGCGGCCCAAAGACAAGCUCAAGAGACUGGGAAUUUAGCACCCGAUUUAAGUGCAGAGCACCGCACAAGUUUGGCAAAAAUGGUUGAAGAAAGACGUGGCGAGCUCACACUCAUGGAAGAAGCUUUGAACACGAAGACGCAGCAGAAAGAAGCCGCUUUCGCCCGGAAACUAGCUCUUGCUGAGGUCGCAGUGGUAAGUCGAUAUGCUCUGGCCCAGCAUCGCAUCCUCACACUGCGAAAAGAAGCACGUGAGGUUGUCCGUGCCCGCGAAUUUUCUUGGCAGUCAAAGGCGAGAUCUUGGAUAGACCGCGCAUCCCGCAAAGUGCAGGUAAAGCAGCAAGAAGAAACUGAAGCUCAACUGAAUGAUAAGCGGCGCCUGCGUGGAUAUGAUGGAUGGCGUGUAACUGAGCUGGAACCGGAGCGUGGCAACCAGAUUUUGAUUGAGCAGUCAGCUGAAGCAGAGGCCAGAAUGGGCUCCGUCGGAUGA